CACAACGCCCACAAUCUGGUUGCGCAAUGAUAUCAUGUUGCCCCUAUUAGACAAGGACAACAUUCUCACGUAUGGGUAAGAACAUCCUCAAACCCCAUUGCCUACAUGAAGAAUGCGUGGUUGGGUAGGACAGUAUAAGAAACAACCACAGUAUCCUACUACUAAGCGGGUAACUUUCUAUGCGGGUCAGAAUGUCACCAUAUGUGCGUUGAAAUAAACACCUCGCGUAGUCCUGUCAAUCAGUUCCUAUCCUUGGAUAGUCAGAAGACGGUAGUACUGCAAAAUCCUACCAAGAUGAGGGGAAGAGAUGCGUCUCUCGUGGAGCCAAUGUCGUUUGGAGUGGGUUCGUUAGCCAUAGGGAGUGCUCAUUGUCCGCAUGCGCCUCCAGGUACAGGUUUAGUUGCAUCGAACUUGGUUUCAAUCAAGGUACACACCAUCCUGGACGUCCAUGAUAUUCUACUGAUGGAAGGAAACAAUUGAUUCAAUAUCGAAUGGGUCUGUGAUCAAUGAAAAGGCGCAGUUGCCGCCAGUAGAAAUUCAUGUCCAAUACGAGGGUGAAUGAGAUGGCCCGGAAUGCCUGGAGUGAGGGAGGUGCUUCCCGAAAGCCAGUUCCUAGGGUGUGGCUGCAUCAUUAACGGGCCAGCAGCCAGCAGGUGCAGACUGGAAUGAUGCGGAAUUCCGCAUAUGUUCGUGAUCGACGAUAUCUUGGUUAUGGAAGAGAGGUUUACCCUUUAUUCCGAACUGUGUACCAAGGACCAGAAUCUGGUAGUGCGCAGCGAUCCAAUCUGCGGUGGGUAAAAGUGGGAAGGCCGUCGGACCCUGGAUGUUGAGAUCCAUUACUUCUGUUCAAUUCCAGCCCAUUCUUCCCAGAAAAGCGUGCCGGGCGAGCG